AUGAUUCAGGUCAACAACCACUCAAACCCCUCCUUCCUACGGCCGCAGCCAUGGUCGGAGUCGGUGGCGUCAGCAAUAUCGACCCAGCCAGCGCAGAGCAUCCCGGCAUCCGUCGAGCUUCUCGUCCCGGGCCAGCGUGACCGGCGGCAAAAGGACCUGCCGCCCGUCGAAGCCGUCGACUGGGAGAAACCCUACGACCCCGCAAACCCUAUGGACUGGGGCUCGCGCCGGAAAUGGACAUACGUCGCGCUCAUAUCCGCCGUGACCUUCAACACCUCCCUCGCCACCACCAUCUUCGCGCCGGGCGUCCCCGAGCUGAUGUCCGACUUCGGCUCGUCGUCCACCAUCCUCAGCUCCUUCGUCGUCUCCGUCUACGUCGUCGCCUUCAUCUUCGGCCCGCUCGUCUUCGCGCCCGUCUCGGAGCUGUACGGCCGGUGCGUGCUGCUCAACGUGACCAACGUGCUCUUCCUCGCCUUCACCGUCGGCUGCGCCGUCAGCACCAACAUGGCCAUGUUCAUCGUCUUCCGCUUCUUCCAGGGCCUGUGGGGCUGUGUGCCCUUGACGCUGGGUGGAGGGAUAAUUGCGGACGUCAUCCCGCCGGCCCGUCGCGCCAACGCGCUGAGUGGGUGGCAGCUCGGACCGCUGUUGGGUCCUGUGAUUGGUCCCAUAGCUGGGGGCUAUCUGUCCGAGUCCCUGGGGUGGCGAUGGAGCUUCUGGAUUGUCACCAUCAUCGAAGGUGUCCUCGUCGUCCUCAGCAUCGCCAUCCUGCGCGAAACAUAUGGCCCGACCCUUCUGGCGCGCAAAGCCGCGGCCCUGCGUAAAUCGACAGGCAACCCCGGCUACCGGUCCAAGUACGACGACCCCGGCCGAAAGCCCUCGCAAGUCUUCGCCCGCGCGGUGCUGCGCCCGUUCAAGAUGCUCUUCCUCUCGCCCAUCGUCAUCAUCCUGGCGCUGAUGGUGUCCAUCGUCUACGGCUACCUCUACCUGCUCUUCACCACCUUCACCACCGUCUUCGAGGGCACGUACGGCUUCUCGGCCGGGGCGGCGGGGCUGGCCUACCUCGGCCUCGGCGUCGGCUUCAUGACCGGCCUGCUCUUCACGGGUGUCGUGUCGGACCGGCUGGCGCUGCGCAUGGCCGCCCGCGCGGGCGGCGACCAGGAGCUCAAGCCCGAGUACCGCCUGCCGCCGCUCGUGCUAGGCGCCUUCAGCGUCCCCGUCGGGCUCUUCUGGUACGGUUGGGCGUGUGAGGCCCGCACGCAUUGGAUCGUCCCCAUCAUCGGCACCUUCUUCAUCGGCUUCGGCGUGCUGUGCAUCUACAUGCCCGUCCAGGCCUACCUCAUCGACGCCUUCACCAUCUACGCCGCCAGCGCCUCGGCCACCAACACCGUCGUUCGAUCGCUGUUCGGCGCGUUCCUGCCCUUCGCCGGGCCCUCCUUGUACGACGCGCUGGGGCUGGGUUGGGGCAACAGUCUGCUUGCUUUCGUCGCCCUCGCCACCGCGCCGGGUCCGUUCCUGCUGCUCAAGUACGGCGAGCGGAUCCGAUUGUCGCCUAGGUUCAAGCUCAAUUUGUGA